ACUGGUAACGCACGCAAAUCAACAGCUGAACAAAGCUCAAGCUGCUGAAAGCAUAGCUCCUUCCUAGUUCCAUUAUAUUCCGGCGAAAAUGUUGCCGCCGGAGCUCCAGCCGCGGACGUUCCGUCCCUACAUUUCAUCCUCGAUAAGCGCUCCUAGCUUUUCCACCGCUUCAAGCGACGCUUAUAGCCCCAACCGAAACCCUAGUCUUAGUCCCGAUUCUUCAUUCUACGGCCUUGGCGGCAGGGCUUCUAAUAGAUCCCUGAAGAACUCAAGGUUCUCUCCAUCUUCCUUCGCGCACAACGCCAGAGUCGCCGUUGCGCUGGUCCCUUGUGCCGCUUUCCUCAUUGACCUCGGCGGUAUCCCUGUCGUCGCCACCCUUACUGUGGGAGUUAUGGUAGCAUAUAUCCUAGAUUCUCUCAAUGUGAAGUCGGGUUCCUUUUUCGCCGUUUGGCUCUCCCUCAUCGCCGCUCAGGUUGUAUUCUUCUUCAGCUCCUCACUUAUUGUCUCAUUCAAUUCGGUUGCUCUCGGGAUCCUUGCCACCUUGGUUUGUUCUCUAGCCAAUUUCCUUAUAGGAGUUUGGGCUUCGCUUCAAUUCAAGUGGAUUCAAAUUGAAAACCCGACCAUUGUGAUGGCUCUUGAGCGUCUUUUGUUUGCAUGUAUUCCAGUAAUAGCUUCUUCCAUGUUUACUUGGGCAACAGUCUCUGCAGUUGGUAUUAUCAAUGCGGCUUAUUAUCUCAUGGUUUUUAAUUGCAUAUUCUAUUGGCUUUUCUCAAUUCCCCGUGUAUCAUCAUUUAAGAUGAAGCAAGACGUGAGUUACCAUGGGGGUGAGGUUCCGAGUGAUAGCCUAAUACUUGGUCAGCUCGAGAGUUGUUUGCACACCCUGAACCUUUUAUUCUUCCCUCUUGUGUUUCAUAUUGCGUCACAUUAUUCGGUUAUGUUCUCCUCUAGUGAUUCUGUUUGUGACCUGUUUCUUCUUUUCUUCACUCCCUUUCUGUUUCAACUUUAUGCGUCCACAUGUGGGGCACUAUGGUGGGUCACCAAGAACGAGCACCAGGUUCAGAGAAUACGGGUGGUGAAUGGUUCUAUUGCUUUAGUUGUUGUUGUACUCUGUCUGGAGAAUAGAGUUGUUUUUCAUUCAUUUGGGCGAUACAUUCAAGUGCCACCCCCAUUAAAUUACCUGCUCGUCACCAUAACAAUGCUUGGAGGGGCAGCAGCAGCUGCUUCUUAUGCUCUUGGGAUGAUAUCUGAUGCUUUUACCUCAUUAGCAUUUUGUACUGUGGCUGUCGUAGUGAGUGCCGCUGGAGCUAUUGUAAUCGGAUUUCCUGUACUGUUCAUUCCAUUUCCAUCAAUUGCUGGAUUCUUUUUGGCUCGUUUUUUUACAAAAAAGAGUGCAGCAUCAUACUUUGCAUUUGUUGCACUUGGGAGCUUGAUGGUCACAUGGUUUGUGAUGCACAAUUACUGGGGUCUAAAUAUUUGGCUGGCCGGCAUGUCUUUGAAGUCCUUUUGCAAGCUGAUUGUUGGUUGUGUUAUCUUGGCCAUGUCUGUUCCUGGUUUGGCAAUCCUCCCACCAAAACUCCGCCUGUUAACUGAUUUUGGUUUAAUCAGCCAUGCAUUUCUGCUAUGCUACAUAGAAAAUCGAUUUUUCAGUUAUUCGAAUACAUACUACUAUGGAAUGGAGAAUGACAUUAUUUACCCAAGUUAUAUGGUGGUUAUGACUACUUUUUUGGGUUUAGCGGUUGUCAGGAGGCUGUUUGUGGACAACCGAAUUGGAAUGAAGGCAGCCUGGGUUCUAACAUGCCUUUAUAUGUCCAAGCUUUCCAUGCUUUUCAUAGCAUCUAAGACUGUUUUGUGGUCAUCAGCAGUUCUUUCACUUGCUGUUACUCCUCCACUGCUCCUUUACAAGGACAAGUCAAGACCUGCGUCAAAGAUGAAACCUUGGCAAGGUUAUGCGCAUGCUGUGGUGGUUGCCUUAUCAGUAUGGUUUUGUCGUGAAACAAUAUUUGAAGCUCUCCAGUGGUGGAAUGGUAGACUCCCGUCUGAUGGUUUGCUCUUAGGUUCAUGCAUUCUGUUGACUGGAUUGGCUUGUCUGCCCAUAGUUGCGCUCCAUUUCUCGCAUGUUAUGCCUGCCAAGAGAUGCAUGGUGCUGGUGUUAGCUACUGGCCUUCUGUUCAUCUUGAUGCAACCACCCAUCCCGUUUUCAUUGAACUACCACUCCGAUCUCAUUAAAUCUGCUCGUCAAUCUGUAGAUGACAUCUCAAUAUAUGGUUUCUCUGCAUCCAAGCCAACAUGGCCGUCAUGGCUGCUGAUCAUGGCAAUCCUCCUGACACUAGCUGCCGUCACCUCAAUCAUACCCAUCAAGUACAUCGUUGAAUUAAGAGUUUUUUACUCCAUUUGCAUGGGAGUCACCCUUGGCAUCUACAUAUCAGCAGAGUAUUUCCUUCAACCAAAAAUCUUACACCCACUCAUCAUCCUGACCAUGGUCAUGACCUCUGUGUUUGCGGUCUUCACCCAUUUCCCAUCUGCCUCAAGCACAAAACACCUUCCAUGGAUAUUUGCUUUAAACGUGGCUCUCUUUCCAGUCACUUAUUUGUUGGAGGGCGAGGUGAGAAUAAACAGAAAUCUUACUGGAGACAUGAGGGAAGAAGACAGCAAGCUGGCCACAUAUCUGGCAGUUGAAGGCGCACGGACGUCUCUACUCGGCUUAUAUGCUGCUAUUUUAAUGCUUAUUGCUCUUGAGGUGAAGUUUGAACUGGCUUCACUUAUCCGAGAUAAAGUGCCGGAAAGGAGUGGUGGGUUAAGGCAUAGCCGGUCUGGCGAGACUGCCAGCAUCCCUCCAAGGGUGAGGUUUAUGCAGCAACGGAGGGCGUCCACUGUUCCCAGUUUCACUAUUAAGAAAAUGGCUGCCGAGGGUGCCUGGAUGCCCGCGGUCGGCAACGUGGCGACUAUAUUGUGCUUCAUGAUAUGCCUUAUCUUAAACGCCAACCUCACGGGUGGGUCCACCCGGUCCAUAUUCUUUUUGGCGCCAAUAUUGCUACUCAUUAACCAGGACUCCGAUUUCGUCGCAGGAUUUGGGGACAAGCAGAGGUACUUCCCUGUCACACUUGCUGUCUCGUCCUACCUGGCAUUAACUGCCAUUUAUAGUGUGUGGGAGGACGCGUGGCUGGCAAACACAGGGUGGGGUUUGGAAAUCGGUGGCCCCAUUUGGUUUUUCGCUGUUAAGAAUUUAGCACUGCUUGUUCUUACAUUUCCGAGCCACAUCCUUUUCAACCGCUUUGUUUGGAGCUACUCUAAGCAGGCUGACACACUGCCCUUGCUGACUAUACCCCUAAAUCUCCCGUCAGUGUUGAUGACAGAUGUAAUCAAGAUCAAGAUAUUGGGACUCCUUGGGGUUGUAUAUUCUUUAGCUCAGUAUCUGAUAUCCAGACAACAGUAUAUUUCGGGAUUAAAAUAUAUUUAGAGACCAGAAAGAAGACACAACGUUUGUACUAUAUGUUAAUAUGUUUUCGUCACCGAUUUUCUGGCAAGGAUUAUGAAAGUCUUGAUAUUUUUUUUGGCAAAAGUUCAAAAUGCCAAACAGGGCGUAUCCUUUUGCUGGUGAUUAAUGUGGUUUGCCUGCAUAUCACAUUCUAAUUUACCUUUUGAGCAUUGGCUAAUUACUGUUGUGGCCACCCACUCAUUAUCGCAAUAUACAGACUGAUUUUUACCUGAUUUCUAAUUUGUAGUGCUUAUGAUUUUGUGUU